AUGUCCCUGCCUCGUCUAGAACUCUGCGGUGCCCAUCUUCUCGCAAAACUCAUGCAUCAUUUGUCCACCCGCGUUUUACAGAAUCUCAGUGCUGACUAUAUUGCCUUUUGCGAUUCUUCUGUUGCCUUCUCGUGGAUCCGUGGUGAGAGUCACAGGUGGAAGACAUUUGUUGGCAAUCGAGUCGCUGAGAUACAUGAUUUGAUUCCUUCUAAUUGCUGGAGGCAUGUGAUAUCUGAAGACAAUCCAGCUGAUUGCGCCUCUCGAGGAUUGAUGCCCUCAGAUAUUCAUCACCACCCAUUGUGGUGGCGCGGUCCUCCUUGGUUGUCUCUCGACCCAUCCUCGUGGCCUCUUUCCUCUGUCGAUUCAUCUCAAACUGGACAGGUGGACGACGAAGCAAAGCCGAUCUCCGCUUUAGUGUUGACGGUUGUCUCCGGUGAACCCACCAUGAUUGACCGUUUUUCUUCGUAUCUUCGACUCAAGCGCGUCAUUGCCUUUUGUCGACGUUUCAUACUGAAUGCUCGUGGUUCAGCUUUACCUCGCACGGGUUUUCUCACCUCUGUUGAGCUUCAGGAAGCGGAGAUCUGCUUAAUACGUCUGGUUCAAUCUGUUCAUUUUGCCGAGGAGCUGGCUGAGCUGCAGAAACCAUCUUCUCGUCAUCGACUCAUCAUGAAACUUCACCUUUUUUGCGAUGAGCAUGGACUUGUUCGAGUUGGAGGUCGCCCUUUAGCCUCUUUAUUACCAUAUCGACACAAACAUCCUGUUCUUCUACCGAAGGACAAUCAUCUCACUCAUCUGAUAAUCGAUGAUGCCCAUUAUCGUCUUCUGCACGCCGGUGCCUUAGCUACUCAUUCGUACAUUCGUCGACGGUACUGGAUAUUGGACGGACGUAAUGUAGUACGUAAUCGUCUGCGCAAGUGCAACCGAUGCUUUUCUUGCAAGCCCCGUCCUCUAAUACAGCCAAUGGGCAAUCUUCCACCAGAGCGGCUAUCAUCUGCUAUGGCUUUUCUAACUACUGGUGUCGUCUACGCCGGCCCAUUUUAUGUGACGAGUGCACGACUACGCGGAGCCGUUAGCACGAAGGCAUAUCUGGUUGUCUUCAUCUGCUUCUCUACUAAAGCAGUUCAUCUAGAAUUGGCAUCUGAGCUGUCAACCCCAGCGUUCAUCGCUGCUUAUCGGCGCUUUGUUGCACGCCGAGGUCAUCCUUCCGUCAUCUUUUCGGAUAACGGGACCAACUUUGUUGGUGCUCAUAACUACCUUCGUGACCUUGGCCGCUUACUGUCUGCUCCACAACAUCAGCAGAGUCUCUGUGAUGCCGCCUCGUCGUCCGGAACUGACUGGCGAUUCAUAUCCCCUUCCAGUCCUCACUUUGGCGGCCUGUGGGAGGCCGCUGUAAAAUCUGCUAAACAUCAUCUUACUCGCGUUAUUGGCGAGCAGAAACUCACUUACGAGGAGUUUCUCACCGUCUGA